CCUUCCAGCACGGCUGCGGAGCUGGGUCAGAAGACCUCCUCCUCUUCAUCCUCCUCCUCUUCCUCUGCACAGUCUAAUCGUUCCUCAAAAGUUUCACUGCCUGAAAUCCAAAAAGAAAAAUAUCCCGAGGAAUUCAGCCUGCUCAAGUCACAGACAGAAGAUGGGCAGCGUCCUGAGUGGACAUUUUACCCAAGGUUCAGCAGCAACAUCCACACCUACCACACUGGAAAACAGUGCUUCUUCAGUGGGGUCUUCCGGGGCAACAGGAGGUCUGUGGCAGAGAGGACAGUGGACAAGAGCCUCGGGAAGAAGAAAUACGAUAUUGAUCCCAGAAAUGGAAUCCCCAAAUUGACACCAGGGGAUAAUCCGUACAUGUUCCCAGAACAGAGUAAAGAGUUCUUCAAAGCGGGAGCAACUUUGCCUCCGGUGAACUUCUCACUGGGACCUUACGAGAAAAAAUUUGACACAUUUAUCCCGCUUGAGCCACUUCCGAAAAUUCCCAAUCUGCCUUUCUGGGAGAAGGAAAAAGCCAACAAUUUGAAGAACGAGAUAAAAGAAGUUGAGGAGCUUGACAACUGGCAGGUGCCGAUGCCCUUCCUACAUGGUUUCUUCUCCACUGGUGCUUCCAACUUUUCAAGACAACAAUGAGCAGAGACUUUGAGUCCCCAAGCAUUCGCUGACUGCCCUCCCAGCCAGCCUCUGCCAUUGCUGGGUGUUUUUACUUCUUUGCUUUUGACAUUGUCUCUGUCCUAAACCAUUGGUUUGACUCGAACGAGGAAUCACUAUGUUUGGCCUUGUUUAACACUCAACUGUGACAACUUUCAAGAUGUGUAGAGAAGUUGCACUGAUCAUAAAGCAGACACCUGGGCGCCCUCAUCUAGCCUCUCCCAUGGGAUAUUUUCUGACCACCAUAUGUAAAUUUCCAAUGCAAGCUUGGUAUUUAGCACUGACACUAAUAUACAGCUCACGUUUGGUUUUACUCACGCUGCAGGUUAAUGGUAGCAGGCAGGCAUUAUGGAAGUGUUUCUGUUUCCUCAGACUGCUAUGACAGAAUAUUAGAGAUCGGGUAGCUUAUAAGCAAAAAGGAUUUCCUUCUUAUAGUUCUAGAGCCUGGAAAUUCCAAGUCCAAGAUGCUGGCAGAUUUGGUAUCUGGUGAGGCACUGCCUUCCUGCUCUGCACUCAUAGGGGGAGGGGCAAAGUUGGAUCUCUGAGGUUUUUGAUAUGGGGAUUAUGUUUGUGUGUGUGUGUAUGUGUGUGUUUUGCUGUGACAAAUACUCUAUAACAAAAGCAACUUAAAGAAAGAAAGGUUUAUUUUGGCUCCCAUUACCAGAGGGAUGCAGUCGACCACGGUGGAGAAGACAUGGCAGCAGGCAUGGAAGGCAUUGUGGUAGUAGGAGGUUGGCUGCUCACAUUGUAUCUACAGUCCAAAUAUGAACAGGAAGAAGUACCAGGCUAUAGAGCCAGAAGGCCUGCUGCCAGUAACACACUUCCUAUCCUAAAGGAUCUAAUUCACUCCUGAAAGACUCCUUGAAACCAGCAUUACCGCUCAUAGGGACAGUAGACACCAGAUUACCUCUCAUCAGGCUCUACCUAAUAAAAAGCCUAUCAAUUUUCUUCGUUUUCUCCCA